AUGGAGGAACUGGCCAGGGAGAGCAUCUCCCUGCUGGCCCGGUCUGCGUCCCACGCGGAUCCUCCUCGGCUCGGCUCGUUCGGUGCCGUGGUCAUCAUGUUGAAGUCUGCGCUGGGAGCCGGCCUGCUCAACUUCCCCUGGGCUUUCCAAAAGGCAGGGGGAGUGAACACUGCCAUCGCUGUGGAGAUGAUAUGCCUGGUUUUUCUCAUCAGUGGCCUGGUGAUCCUGGGCUAUGCAUCAUCCGUCAGCAGACAGAACACCUAUCAGGAUGUGGUGAGCGAGGUGUGUGGACGAGCCGUGGGGCAGCUCUGUGAGGUCUGUUUCUGCUUCAACCUCUUCAUGAUAUCUGUCGCCUUCCUGGUGGUGGUGCAGGACCAGCUGGAGAAAUUGUCUAUUUCUUUAUAUGAAACUGUGACUGGUUCCAGUGAGGCAGAGAUGCCAUACCACUGGUACACAGACCAGCGAUUAACCCUCUUAAUCAUGUGCCUCGUCAUCAUCCUCCCACUGUCCAUCCCAAAAGAAAUUGGGAUCCAGAAAUACACAAGUGUGUUGGGGACGCUGGCUGCCACAUAUCUGUGUGUGGCAGUGAUCGUCAAAUAUUACCUGGCGGACAGUCACGAUGUCAUAUUAACUCCAGAGCACAGCCAAGGUGUGGGUUCAUGGGCAUCGAUGUUCAGUGUUGUACCAACCAUCUGCUUUGGCUUCCAGUGCCAUGAAUCUAGUAUAGCGAUCUUCAGUAGCAUGGAGAACAAGAAGCUCCUCAACUGGGUGGUCAUCUCUGUGGUCUCCAUGAUCUUCUGUUUGCUCAUCUACACUCUUACCGGAGUGUACGGCUUCAUGACGUUCGGACGAGCUGUGGCCUCAGAUAUCUUGAUGUCAUAUCCAGGAGAUGACGUGGCUAUGAUCAUUUCCAGAUUACUUUUUGGGUUUUCGAUUAUCACCAUCUAUCCUAUCAUUCUUCUCCUGGGGAGAUCGGUCAUCCUGAACCUGAUGAUACGAGUUCAGAGGCGACGGGAGGGAAUCGUCACGCCCUCGUUUGAGAGUCGCUGCAGAGUGGUCCUCACUGUGAUCUGGAUCGCCAUCACCCUCCUCAUCGCCGUGUUCGUCCCCGACAUGAGCGAGGUCAUCAGUGUCAUCGGAGGAAUCAGUGCCUUCUUCAUCUUUGUCUUUCCUGGUCUUUGCUUAGUUUUCUUGAUGCAAACGGAAGAUGUGACUCCAAGAAUCAAGGUAAUUUUAACGGUAUGGGGAGUCAUAACCAUUGUGGUUGGAGCCUUCAUCUUUGGACAGAGUACGACAAUCGCUAUCAUGGAGCUUUGUAACAAAUUCUGA